UUAAGACAUCCUUCCAUCUACCAAAUCCCACGAAAGUCAAUUUUUCUCUUUAAUAAUGUUGAUGUGAAACGCCUGGGCCUCUCAGCUCGGAAAUUUACUAUUCUUCUUUACCAAAAGAAUCUAUAUAACCAGGCUUGUUAUUGUGUCGUCUUCAGUAUCAUCCACCGAGAUCCUGACCAAGAUACACACACCUACUCUCUCUCUCACUCCCCUCCCCUCUCUCUCUCAAAAAAGAGUCACAGAAAUCAGCCCUGCAACUCAAAUUUCAGACUAUACGUAUCCAAGGCACAAAUUAAAGAUCAUUUUCUGAGAAGAGACAGCAAACUGUUCCAGGUGAGGAUAUCGAUGGCGUAUUGUGAAUCAUCAAGACCCAUUUAUCAGAUGUUGUGUCACAUUAUCGACAUAAAUAAGGAACCAGAAGAUCUGAACACGUCCAAGUGUAACAUCUACAGAGUCCCAUGUAGUCUUCGGAACGUGAACGAGGAAGCUUGUACUCCUCAGUUGAUUUCCAUUGGACCCCUUCACUUUGGCGGUCAAAAUCUAAAACCAAUGCAACACCAGAAGCUACUAUACUUUGGUUACUUCUGGGAUCGUGUCAAAAAUGAGGAAGCCAUGAAGGCCUACAAAGAGUACCUUGAAGCUGAAGAGAAAGCUAUACGCCUCUGUUAUGCAGAAAAGUUUCCCUCCAUCACUAAGGAAAAGUUCGUGGAAAUGAUUCUUUUGGAUUCUGUUUUCAUAAUCGAGCUUUUUCUGAUGAUAAGAAAACCAGAACAUCACCAAGAUGAUAUCAUAUUGAAACAAACAUGGCUGAAUAAAGGUAUCCAGAGGGACUUGUUGCUGCUUGAAAACCAGAUACCAUUGUUCAUCUUGGAUAGGCUGUAUACAACUGUGGUUCCAGAAGCUGAAAGGCGUGGCAAGUUUAUUGAACUGGCCUAUGAUUACUUCAGGUGCUUUCAUCCUUAUAAAAAAAGCAAAUCGUAUCACGAUGAAGCUGAGAAACCAAAUGGGUACCAGCAGGAGUGUUCGUUUAGGUUUGGCUUAGCACAACAUAACUGGAAGAAUGAACCAAAACAUUUUACUGACAUGAUCAGGUACUUCUACAUCUAUGAGAAUCUCACUCAGCGUGAAAAAGGGUUGUCUUCUAAUGUUCUGAGGACUGCAACGAAGCUGCGAGAAGCAGGAGUGAGCUUCGAGAAAGUUUAUGACAAAAACUUGCUUGACAUAAAGUUCAAGAAACUUUCAAUCUUGAGCUGGUUUCUGUUCUUGGGUUGCAUACCAAAAUUCACAUACUUCAAAGCUCGUUUACAAAUUCCACAGUUAAAAAUAGACAACACAACAGAAUGUAUUCUGAGAAACCUCAUAGCCUUUGAGCAGUGUCACUAUGCAGAUCAACCUUACAUCUGCAACUACGUCUCCUUCAUUGACUCUCUCAUUCACACCAAAGAUGAUGUUGAUUUGCUGGUUGAGAAAGAAGUUAUUAUCCAUGAACUUGGGAGCGACAAGGAAGUAGCAACUUUGGUGAAUAGUCUCUGCAAACACGUUGUGGUGGACAAGACGUGCUAUAAAGACAUUAUAAAUGAUCUGAAUGGACAUUACCAGAAGGUUUGGAAUCGUACAAUGGCUUUGUUGAGGUUGGUAUACUUCAGAGAUGCUUGGAGAGCAAGUUCUACUUUGGUCGGAAUUGCUGUCCUCGUAUUCACAAUCUUCAACUUUUGCCGAGUUGUCAGAUUGGUCCUUGACCUCGAUCAAAUUAAAGGCAACCCUAAUUAGUUGUGAUGCAGCAUAGCAUGUUUGAAUUAUUAAGUAACUAAAAUGACAGUGUAAUGUUAUAAAUAACGUGAGAAGAUCUUCAUGAGCCUUUUCCUAGGAUUUCAUGGUGGACAAAGUUAAUUAGUUGCAGAAGAACCUUGUUUUUGUGUUUUGUUCGGAGUUUGGUGAAUAAUAUGCAAUCUUAGUAAUAUGUAUUAUUAGUCUGAAUCUGAUUGUAGAAGUUUAUGUCUUCAAUAAUCACUUAUGUAAAUAAAGUACUCAUGUUUCUACUUAA